ACUUCAUGAGGCGUUUUUCCUGCAACGGUUACGUUAGUUACAUUUACGAUUCCUUCCGUAUUGUUAUAUGAACGUAGGCCUUCUCUUUUUUAUAAAACGGUACUGACUUUUAAGCUAGUAACGUGCGUGUAGGUGAUCACAGUAAGCUUCACGAGCAUAAGUGGUGUGACUGAUGGGGCUGCUCCAAAAAGUUAUAUUACCAGUUAACGUGACUGUUUAUAAUUCGUAGAGGUUUAGCACACGAAAAAUACAAAAUUACUUAACUCAACGUAAAUUCCAGUACUUGUUUCAACGAAAGAAAACCUCUGAAAUGUUACCUUCAGUCCUGUAGCAGCUAAUAUUGUGUAACUCUUGUAUGUCGGUUUGAAAGGAAUUUAUUAUUCGAUCCGAAAUAAAAUAUGAAACUUGUCUUCAGCAAAUUUUGUGCACUACGAAAUGAUUACCAUCAUAAAUAAUGAAGUGAACACAUGUGUCGUGUGACAAAGAAUGGCCAGGACAAGACAGAUGCCAUGACCAUUUACCGUUACAACGUUGUUAGACGUAAUCCUCCUGUCAACAAAGAAUUCGAACGAGGUGUAUCAUGGAGUUGAUUACUCACUUCAGACUUGACUAACAGUAUGGUGUGUGUUACUUAUGUUGACAUGCACAAGUAGUAUGUAGCAUCGUUCGAGAAUAGGAUGCCUGGCAGUAGAAUGUUUAAAUGAAGAGAAGAAGGACGUAGACAGAGAUGAAUUAGAAUGACAACAUGAUUUGAGGAAUGAAGGGGUAUGUGUAGGACCAAUGAAGGAAGAUGUGUAAAUAAUGUAUUGAAUGUAUUAUUUCCAUAUUUUACGAAGGUGCUGUAUAAUUCUGCAUAAGACAGUAAAUUGUUUUUCCCACCACAGUGUUUGUUCACCACAACGGUAGUUUACUCUUUAGAAGUGUGAAGAUCGACAUAGUUGAAUUACUUACAUUCACGGUGAUUGAGACUGUUUAAGAUGAAUACGGUUGUCCCGACACUAUAAUACUGGGAAUGUCAUACAUUCAGCGUACUUCACCAGGGAGUUAGAAGGAGGUCAUAUUACUUAUGCGAACAAAGCCGAACAGUAGCCCUUGUAGUAAAGAACGAUUAAACUAACGAAAACAGUCCGCAGUACGAUUUUUAGGAUGGGUCAUCACCCAUGACAAAUCUUUCGGUAAAGCGGAUCUGGAUACAAUAUCGAGAUUACAGAGAAGUGGCAAAUUUAAUGUACUUAAUUUUUAUUUAGACCCUUGAUGAAGUUUCACGCAAUACGUUCCUUUUUAAUUCUGAAAAGCCUGGAGAUGGCAGAGCACCUUUGGUGGCUUGGAGUUAUCUUACUAGUCUAUGGCAGAAGACAAGAACCAUCUUCAAAACCCUAUUUCAAAACCAAUACAUAGACGUGUCUCGCGUGAUCCGGUUAUCAGUUAUAUUAUAUGCAGUUUGUCAUAAGAUCUUCAUUGAUACUCUAUGCUGAUAACAAAAUUUGGGAGAAUCGUCAAGAGAUGGAAAUACGAGCACAUUUCUGUCUGACUUUGGUUACCUGUCAAACCGGUAUGCCUAACACGUAUCAGAUUGUCUAAGCCAACCACCAUACAGAUGGUACGAACAAAAAAGCAGACAAAAUACUACCAUUCAGUCAUGUUUAUACAUUUUAGAACAUUGUUGCUUUUGAGAAAGACCUCCAGAAAGUGGGAAAUUUGUUCACUAUGACAUACCUGGUCCCAGUGUGGUCCAAGCGAGAAAAAUUCAUUGCCAAGUGCAAACCCAAAACUUUCAGAAAAUUUAUAGAGAAUGGCUCCCCGUGUGCCCCUUUCGGUAGCCUAUCUGAAUUGACAUGCUAGAUGUUUAAGAAAUAGUAGUUUCUCGAUUCAUAUGGUUUUACGUCGAAUCACUUCAUUAUGUAUAACAGCCCAUCCUACUGAGGUAGUCAGGAGUGUUGUUUUGUAAGAACCUUUUGCAAAAACACCCAAGAUUACUGACAGAGUCACAUAUUUAAGAUAAAGAUUAAACUACUACAGUGGCCUCGUCGUAUGAUCGGUGCAAGAAGUCUUGAUAAAGUACCCUCGCCGACUUCAGUUGACCUCUACCAGUCCUCAUAAAUCGUACAGUGUCUCUUGUAAAUCCUCUAAGUCAAGGCAUGUUCAGUCCCGAAGACCAUUUGGUUGGGAACUCAUUAUACUUCAUUGUCACUACAGUAUUGCUAGUGAAAAAAGGGCACUGCCAAAUAAAUGUGUUUAGUCAGGAAUUCUGGUCAUAUAAUAUAGCAACCCCACUCGAGACACUCCCAACAUACCUUAGACAACCAACACAGCUGAUCCAUGUUUUAUGCUACUGCAAAUGACCACUCUCGUCAUCCUUCAUUAUCUUGUGGGUGGAGCAUUUCAAGGAGUAUGAAAUUAACACUAUCCAAUCUGAAGCAAUCAAACAGAGCGUAAGAAUAUCCUUCUUUUUCAGUGUUUAUAUAAGCGUGAUGUCUGGCUCUUUCGAGUGGUGUCAUGUUCAAUUAAAUUGUCAGUGCUUGAUGUAAUUGUUACCGUUGAUAUUGAAAUGUUGAUUUGUAUUUCGCUCCACUCUCAUAGACCAAUCAGAUCCAUAAGAGUGACCGAGGUUACUUAAUAGAAUGGAUGUGCCUGCGGAGUCUGGCAGUGAUGAACCUGGAGUUUUGAAAGAGGUUGACUGCUAUAUAUCCCCAGCUAUGCAGAAGCAAAUCCUAUUGCUUUUGUAUAAAAAUCGAGAGAAUUAUCACACACUAGAUAAUGAGUCAAUUAAAGAAGCUCGUAUUAAGCCGAAUCUUGAUUUGCUUGAAUUUGUUGUUGAGGAUGGGCGGAGUUCUUUUGUUGAAUCUGUUGGGGAGCAGAUAGACACAUAUUUACUUCGGUCAAACACCGUCGCAUUUCCGAGGACGUUACUGGGGUACUUUGUCAAUGAUGAAUGCCACUUUAUACCGCUUAAACGAGACGCUUUGGUUUUGGAUACGUGUAAAGAAGCAGCUAAAGUUGAUAAGACAAAUCAGAAUUCUGAUUCAUCAACUUCAACUCCUGUGGGUCCCGCAGCAUUCGUUUCUGCCCGUCUUAGGACUGCUGAUGCAAUUGCACUACGAGGUCCUAUGGCGAGUCGUCGUAAGCCUGCAGAUAGUGAUCCUGAUGUUAUAUUUCUGAAACAACAGGUCCAAGCACCAUGGUGCCCAGUACACUACAAACGAUUUAUUCCUAGUGAAGCCUUUGAAAGGCGUAUUCCUUUAUUGUAUCCAAAUGAUGAUAUGCCAGAAUUGACUAGAAAUCGUGUAACAGGUCCAAGUCAAGAAGAAUAUGUGAACAAUUUGUUAGCUUCAGUAACACCACAUGUCGUUGAUCGUAGUCGCACGGAGCCUGUUAAACUGCCUACUUUGGGAGAACUCAUUCAAACAAUAAUGAUAAAAGCACAACUUAUUCGAUUCGACAAAUUAGUUAUUUGUUUACGUGAACGCUUCAACGAUCCACAUUCAGUUACUAAUACUAGUGUUUUGCAAUACUUACCGACAUUUGCUGUUCUACUACGCGGAUGGUGGGUCGCUAAAAGUGAAAUACUUUAUCCUCCAAAUUCAUUCAGUGAACAUAGUGGUACACCAAAUACACUAUUGAUUCGGGCACGUGAUUAUAUUAUGGCUGUAUUUCAUCGCGGUGAACAUUUAACUCGUAAAACUAUUUCAUGCAUGACUAAAGUGCCUACUGUUGAGGCUACGGAAAUACUGAAAUCUUUAGCUUGUAAAAUGUCAACUACUCAGAAAGGUUGUGCAAAUCAUUGGGAGUUUUAUCCGAUCGAUUAUGAUUUUAUCAAAAAAUAUCCAGAUAUUGUACAACAACAACAAGUUGCUUGGGAAAUUCGCAUUCGUCAAUUAUGCACACAAUUAAAACUAGAACAUCUCGUAUCGGAUGGAGUUCGACGUAAACGUAAUCCUGGACAACAUUCUGGUGAAAGUGGUUCAGAUUCUGACAGUGGCUUCAAAUCACUUGUUUCAGGAGUACAUAUUUCAACCCCUAGUAAAAAUACAAAUCGUAAACGUUUACGUCAAUCAAGUGUAUGUCAUACAACAGAUACUGAUAAAGAUGCCAAUAAUUCAUUAAAACCACCUGAUCGGAAACGUGUACGAACUCAAAGUCUUUCAUCGAGUUAUUCUUCUGGUUUAUCAUCUCCUCAUUCUACUACUACAAAAUUACCUUGUCUUCAAACAGAUGUUGUAUCGUCAAAAUUUUGUAUACCCACUAGUCCACCACCUGUGAAAAUAAAUUCUCCGAAACUAAAAGUAAAUAGUACACCUAUUUCUUCAGAUCUUCCCGAUAAUUCAUCAACUGCAUUAUCAACAAAUUCAUUUAAUAAUCAGACAGUUGGUUGCAAACUGGAACCUCCUACUCCUGAGGAUCGUGAUCCAGAUAUCCCUACUGCUGCUGCCGCGGCUAGUCUUACUGAUUCAGAAAUGAAUGAACUCAAGCUUAAACGUUCUCCAUCAUCCCAUGAUAUAUCUCAAUCAGCUAUCAUGGACAACGGUCACAAUGAUACCAAUAGUAAUACUGAAUUAUCUAGUCAAACAGAUCUUACUAGUAAUCAUAUUGGUUUACCAUGUACACCUUUACAAUCUGUUAAUGAUACUAAUAUAGACAAUAACGACAGUGUUUUAAAAUUUGACAGUGACAAUGAAAUGCCAGAAUUAUUAAUGAAUAAUUCAAUUAAUUUUGUAAAAAAUGUUUUAAAUACUCAACCAAUUGUAGCAUUGUCAGCAUUGACAAAAGUCUAUCAGCAACAGUUAGGUAAUUUUGAUGCAAAUUUCUAUUCUACACUUUGGAAGAAUAGUCCACCACCUCCUCCAGGCUCUGAAAGUGAACGUGAAUUGUUAAAAACGUAUCUUUUGAAAGUUUUACAAACAAUUGAUGCACGUCAGUUAACAGUUUGUUGGCCAACUAUACCAACAGCACUUGAAAAAGAACCAUUAUUUGUAAUAAAAGUAGCUGGUCCAGAAUGUGGAGCUGUCAGUGAAUCAAUAGCACAAUUCCGUGAUACAAUCCUAGCACUUUAUGAAUCUUUGCCAAGUUUCAAAAUGAAAGAUUUACAAGAAAAAUGCCCAAUCUUUCCACCAAAAGGCAUGUCUGAAAAAGCUAUGCGAACAUUCAUUAAACAAUACUGUAUAUUCAGACAUGGAAGAUACUUCCUACGUUGUACUGUUUCUGACGAUUAAUCUUUUUGAAUAAUCACUUGAAAGAAUUCAAAUGGAUUAUUAUCAUUAUUAUUACUUCAUAUAUUGCUUACCUUUUGUAUGUCAUAUCAACACUAUUUGUAUAUUAUAACUUUCUAUUUCUUCAUGUGAAUACUUUGAAUUUUGCAAUAAAUUUAUUGCAUUGUGUAUAAAGUUAAAUAUGUCUUAUUGUUUGACUUCAAUAUUUUUUGUUACACAUCUGGUAAGUGGGAAAAUACAUUACGUAAGAAUCAGC